UUUUGUCUUUCUUAAGAACCACAGUCGAAAAUUUGAAUGAUUACCAACAUGAUAAUCAUUCAAACAUUUUAGUUUGAUAAGCCUUGAUGUUAAGAUACAUGUAAGGUUCUGUUGUAGCUUUCGAAUGAUCUAAUAUUUGUCUUCAUUUCUUCUGUCACUUUUCCAAACCAUUUUUCGUGUGUAGAUCCGCAAAGACUUCCUAUCGAUGCUCCGAGAGCACGGUGAGAUCAGCCGCCAUUCACGGUUUCACGACGUACGCAAGCGGCUGGAAUCGGAUAGUCGUUAUCGUGCCGUGUCGGAUUCUGUUCUACGUGAGGAUCUCUUCGAAGAGCACAUCAAAUAUUUGAAGGACGAAAAGAAGCGGGCAAAAGAGCGUGAUCGCAAACGGCGCGAUCGACGUUCCAGUGACCGCCGUGGUUCGUCACGGGAUCGGUCGGACUCUAGGGAACGUGACCAGGAGGAUGGCGAGCACCCGCAAACAUCGGAUGACGAAGCGGAACGGCAGCAGAAGGAGCGCGAGAGGAGACUCCGCGCGGAGGCAAGUAUUAAAGAGCGUGAAAAAGAAGUCCAGCGUACGCUGGCUACCCAUCUUAGGGACAGGGACAAGGGACGUCAACAGCAUCAACGGGAUGAGGCCAUCCGUCACUUCAACGCACUGCUGGCGGAUCUGGUGAGGAAUGCUGAUCUCACCUGGAAGGAAGUUAAGAAGCAACUGAAAAAGGAUCAUCGCUGGGAGCUGGUUGAGCUGCUUGAUCGUGAAGAUCGCGAGGGACUUUUCAACCAACACAUUAAUAAUCUGGCAAUGAGAAAACGAGACAAGUUCCGUGAGAUGUUGGACGAAAUUUCAUCGCUUGAGCUCACCAGUCAAUGGAAGGAAGUCAAGAAAAUGAUUCGCGAGGAUCCUCGUUAUCUGAAGUUCAACAGCAGCGAACGGUGCGAACGCGAGUUCCGUGAAUACAUCAAGGAUAAAACGAUGAACGCAAAGCUAUCGUUCCGAGAACUGCUCAAGGAAUGCAAAUUUGUAACCCACAAGAGCUGGGACACGUACCGGGAAAACGCCAACCAUUUGCGCGAAAUAGAGGAUAUUCUGCGGAACGACAAGCGCUAUCUGGUGCUGAGUCAUAUGCACGUAGAUCGGACGCAGAUGAUCCUUGGCCAUUUGGAGGAUUUGCACAAGAAGGGACCUCCUCCGCCGCCGACGGCUAGCGAAUCGUCCAGGAGGAAGUAACUGUAAGUACACGGUAACCGUAUGUGGUAUGUAUUCAUCCCUUUUGUUAAAAUUAUAACUUGAAACUUAAACUAAUUCCACCGAAGUCGAGGACGCAGCGCUAGGUGGACAAUAGAUAGUAGGGAUUAAUUUAUAUUUUCUUGCUUGUCUUACUAAGUCUUUACAACAGUAGAAACAUUUAAAGCGGUAAUCCAAAACUGGGUUCAACACCUCAGGUGUUGAUGAAUUUUAGACAUAACACGGCACUGAGCUUCAGCUAGAAAUAUUGAAAGAAGAUAGAAAAUAAAGUUCAGCUCGGAGUCAAUCUGGCAAAA